CCACUGAGCCACAAAACUCCAUCUUCUCAGCCUGUAUACUGACUCUAACUUCAGGGAGUAGAUUCUAGAGUGAAACUACAGAUUGGUCCUAGGAUAAAUAUAUCAGGAGGGGAGAAAGACAUACUGAGACUUGAGAGAUGGCUAACCUGGCAUCCUUCUGCAGAGAAAUAAUCUUUAAAACUAGCAAGACUGAAGAAAGAAAGCACGUGGAAGAUGAAAAGACAGAGCUGGAAAUUUCUAACAGGAUCUCAAGAGCAUGCUGACAUCAUUUAUGUAUUUCCAUCAGAUACAGAGAACAGGAAGAUUCAACUUACUCAUUAUCUAUUGACGGUUUGGGAGCAAGGGGUCCCUCAGGAACUGAUGGCCAAACAUCCACUGAUGAUACACACAAGCAUAGAAAAUCUCUUAUUAAAAUCAUGACAUAAUGGAAGUACCCCCAAACCAGCCAACACCCAAUCAAACCAGUGCCAAGAGCAACAACUCUGCGCUUUUCUACUUCGAGUCCUGCCAACCGCCUUUUCUAGCCAUUCUCUUCCUGCUCACAGCAUAUACUGUGGUCCUAAUCAUGGGCAUUUUUGGAAACCUCUCUCUUAUCAUCAUCAUCUUUAAGAAGCAGAGAGAGGCUCAAAAUGUUACUAACAUUCUAAUCGCCAACUUGUCCCUCUCUGACAUCUUGGUGUGUGUCAUGUGCAUACCUUUUACAGUUAUCUACACGCUGAUGGACCACUGGGUAUUUGGGAACACCAUGUGUAAACUCACUUCUUAUGUGCAAAGUGUCUCCAUCUCUGUGUCCAUAUUCUCCCUUGUAUUGAUUGCUAUUGAACGAUAUCAGCUGAUUGUGAACCCCCGUGGCUGGAAACCCAGGGCAUCUCAUGCCUAUUGGGGCAUCAUCUUGAUUUGGCUCAUUUCCCUUACAUUGUCUAUUCCCUUAUUCCUUUCCUACCACCUCACCAAUGAGCCCUUUCACAAUCUCUCUCUCCCUUCUGACAUGUACACCCAACAGGUAGCCUGUGUGGAGAUUUGGCCUUCUAAACUGGAUCAACUCCUCUUUUCCACAUCAUUGUUUUUGCUCCAGUAUUUUGUUCCUCUGGGUUUCAUUCUUAUCUGCUACCUGAAGAUUGUUAUCUGCCUUCGAAAGAGAACUAAGAAGGUGGACAAGAGGAGGGAAACUGAGAGCCGCCUCAAGGAAAACAAGAGGGUAAACAUGAUGUUGAUUUCCAUUGUAGUGACUUUUGGAGCCUGCUGGCUGCCCUUGAACAUCUUCAAUGUCAUCUUUGACUGGUAUCACGAGAUGCUGAUGAGCUGCCACCAUGAUCUGGUAUUUGUAGUUUGCCACUUGGUUGCUAUGGUCUCUACAUGCAUAAACCCUCUCUUUUAUGGCUUUCUCAACAAAAAUUUCCAGAAGGACCUAAUGAUGCUUAUUCAGCACUGUUGGUGUGUUGGUCCUAGGGAAACAUAUGAAAAUAUUGCCAUGUCCACUAUGCACACAGAUGAAUCCAAGGGAUCAUUAAAAUUAGCUCACAUACCAACAGGCAUAUAAAACUAGUAACCAAAACCAAAGCCCUUCUAAAGAAGGAGAAAGAAUAUCAUGGAAUAGAGUAAUACUAUGUGGAGAUGAACACAUGGUACCUUUAGGGCCAGUUUUGCUUUAAGUUAAGCGUGUCUAUUCCAUUCAUCCAUAGAGCACACAGAGAUGUAUACCUACCCUUUCUUUUUUCCCCUCUUAGAAGAACAACCUAGCCAUCAUCAUUUGGAUAGUGAUGAGAUGAGAAAGUGAAGAUGAGAAAGCGUAUAAAAAGAAAGCAGAGGUACCUGGGAUACAAAGUUCUUGUUGCUCACUGGAAUAGUCACUGAGUUACUAGUUGUGCUGCAGCCAGUAGAAAUUCUCACUAUGCCUCCUUUGCAUCAAAGCAAUUCCACUUUCAAACGUAAUUGAACCAUGAUUUUCAGCCACAGAGGUAUUCAAUUAAUAAGCUAAAGUAUCAUAAUUUAUUAGUUUAUUGUGUCUAGAUUAUAGCUGAACGUUAUAGUUAUAAUUAAUUCCCCUCUCUGAAUCAGAUCCUUAGCUUGUGAUAACACUCCAUUUCUUUUUUCUAACAAUCCUAUUAAGACUAGGAAAACUGGUCAUAGAUUCACUAGCUCUCCAAUUAUGCCAGACAUCAUUUUAAGUAAUGAGUGCCCUGAAUCAAUAGAGAUUUCAUUACAAAUUACCUUUUAUCCUGAUGCCUUUACACAUAUUAAGUAGGGGUCAUUGUAACUUUGUAAACUGGGAGAUUUUUAUCCACAGUAACAUAACUCCAGCAUUUCAGAAAAUUACCAUCUAUCUCAUUACUUAAACAUUAUUAAUGGAUCAUCUUUAAGAGCAUAAGCUAGAUUAUUUUCAAUAAGAUAAUUGACCUAUUGUUUCAACAGCUGUUAGCUCAGAGAUGUACUAAUUCACAUAAGCUUUACCACUUCCUUAGGUAAACCUCUUUGACACCUGUUACAUUUGAACUGCAGCCGAUGCACUGUAUACAAUUGUAAGCUUGUCCUUCUUUUUCAUAAAUAUUCUCCUGAUACCUGUGAUUCUUUUCCCCUUCUUAGAAUACGACCACUGCCUUUCCCCUUUCUCCUUCCUUCCAUCCUUUUUUAAUUCUCACCAGAAUUUCUCUUCUCUGCCAUUUGAGGAUGUGUGAACCAUGAAAGCACUGCAGGACACCCGAGGAAACUGAGAUAUAACAUCCUCACAAUGUCACAACGUUGAGUGUGGGUUGGCGUGUGAGAAUCCUGAAGGCACAAGACUCUGACACCUUCGCCAUCCAGCAGUGUGUCUCUCUCCUAACCCACUCUACAUCUCUUCAUAGAAGGAGUUUUGUAAUUAAUAUUCAGUGUAAUCACUUCCUUACUUAAUAGAAAAAUACUGUCCCUAGUUUCAUUGCUCAACAACACUGCUCAAAUUAUCAAAAACGGGGAUGCAUCGAACAAACACUAAUAUUGUUCGCUCCCCGGACCACACAUCUGUACUGGCUCCUUCACUGGACUUACCCUGACUCCACCACAAAAUCUGCUUCUUUUACUUUUCCUUUCAACUUUCCUUAAGCUUUCAUAAGCAGAAGUCAUUAACACUCUAACUGUUGAUGAUUGUCUUGCGUUCAUUCUUAACUUUGAAAAAUAGUGAAGGAAAGGGAAGCCUGGGGGACAGAGGCUCAUGCUGUGGCCAUGACUGUCCUCUGAACUCAGCCCACACAAAAGCUCUUCUACCAGUACGGCAGAUAGAGAAGAGUCAUCUGAGAGAUGGACCAGGAUAACCUAGGUUUGCACAGGCGCUAGCAGGCCCCGACUGGCUGGGUCUAUGUAAAGGAGGCCAACAAUAAGAAUCAAUCAGUAGAGCUGCCAGAUUUCACCAGAGAAAACAAAAAGGUUGCCAAAACCCAAGGGAGUUCAGGAUGAGGGUUGUGGCUCUCUGCUAUCCACUCACAUGACCAUGGAGUGAGUGUAAAAGGAAGUUGGGAAUUUUCCUGUUAGUUCCUAGCUUAGAUUAGCACCAGGAAAAGAGAGCCAGUGUGUGACAUCUGAAAGUCUGAGCUUGUGACUGAGAAACUUUGCACAGAGCUGAGGCUGUCCCAGGUGCUGUGGAAAAACUUUGAUCACCGAUAUUUCCCUUCCUGCCACUGUGGCCACUGAGAAGUGGGUAUUAGGCUGGGAUUAAAGGCCUAUGCUACAAGACCUGGCUCUGACAUACUGAUUUAGUUCUUUUGGAAAUAAAUAUCCAAAGUGGCACUGAUCAUAGAGUACUCUUGUUAACCUUUUAAAGUAACUUCUACAAUAUCUUACAUAAUGGCUCUAUUAGUGUACGGGAUUAGCUUCAAGAAUUCUGAAAGCUUUCCUUCUCUUUGGCCAGACUAAAAACUGCCUAUAAGGAAAUUAAAACCGACUAACUACAGAGAAUACAGAGUCUACAGUGAACUCAAUUUAAGCUUUAUCCACCAGAGAUUCUGGGGAAGAGAUUCAAAGACAAAGAAAAAAGUGUUUCAGAAUGACUGUUUUUAGGAGUUCAUCCCUGAAGUCACAGAUGCAAUAAAUGGGAGA